AUGAGAAUAAGAACCGAUUGGGAACUAGAUUUACACACUAAUGUCAUACAUAAGAAGUUGGAUUCAAUUAAGUGUCACAUCGAGGGAUGCGAUAAACUAUUUAAUGCAACCAAUCGAUGGAUUUCAAAAUAUUACAAACGACACGUUUUGACACAUUUUAAUGAUAAUCCAUUUAAGUGCGAUUACGAAGGCUGUGAUAAACAAUAUCUAUUGUUAUCAUCUUUUAUUAAACAUAAAGAAAUACACACCGGAGUAAUACAUUCAUGCAAUUAUCCCAAUUGUCACUAUAAGACAAAUCUUAAAAGAUCAUUGAAAAGCCAUUCGUUAAGACACUGUAGGGAUAGACCAUUGUUGGAGUGUCAUUGGGAUGGAUGUACUUUUAGUACACAAACCAAAUCUAAUCUCGACAUUCAUUUAAUUAACAAACACUCGAACCGUAUAGUUAUGUGUGAUUACAAAGAUUGCGGAAAAUCAUUCAAAACUGUAGUCUAUUUAAAUGCGCAUAAAUUGCGUGUUCAUAACAACAAUAAUAUUAGCGAUGCUUACCGGUGCUCGUAGCCAGAGUGUAAUUAUACAACAAAAAAACAUUAUUUGAAUAGCCAUCAAAAAGUGCACAGCAAUGAUAAAAGCUAUUGCUGUGAAUAUACUGGUUGUAAGUUUCGUACAAAACAUUACAAAAGUAUUGUCCGUCACAAUGAAAUUCAUAAUGACGUAAAAAACUACCGGUGCUCGUGGCCAGACUGUGGAAAACUAUUUAAAACAAAUAAUGCACUUCAAAGUCAUACGCAGUGUCACAGCGAUAAUAACUAUGUCUGCCAUUGGCCCGACUGUUCAUAUCAGACACCUAUUAAAGGUAGACUCAAAGUACACAUUAGUUACAAACACGAGAAAAUUACGUAUCCAUGCGAUUAUGAUGGUUGCGAUCGGGUAUUAAGCACCAAAUAUGUGUUGAAUACUCACAAAAUAUUUGUACACAACAAACAGCCGGGUAACUACCAGUGCUCGUGGCCGGGCUGUGAGUACAUCGCAAAAAUAAAAUCUAGUUUGCAUUUACACUAA